AUGGAAUCAAUACUUAGCGAAGCUCUGAGCCGGACUGGCCUGCUGUAUCUGGCUGGGCUCUGGCUCCUCUCUCGCCUCGUUCGCGCAAUGUAUAAUAUCUCGCCCUUUCAUCCGUUGAGCCAUAUUCCAGGCCCGAGGCUCGCUGCACUCACCUUUCUCUAUGAGGCAUGGUUCGACCUCAUUCUUGGCGGACGUUACACACGGGAGAUCCAACGAAUGCAUGAGGUAUACGGGCCCGUCGUACGUAUCAAUCCCGAGGAACUUCACUUCAACGACAUAAACUUUGUCGACGAGAUCUACGCCACUGGCAAGCGCAAGCGCAACAAGCAAGUUCACUUCUUGAACUUCCUCGCAGGGCCGGUGGCCGAGGCCAUGGUUGGGGCCGCCGACCACGACCACCAUCGGCUGCGCCGUAGCGCCGCGAACAAGUUCUUCUCGCGGGCGCAGAUUUCCAAGCUGGAGUCCGGAAUCAAGGAGUUGGCCGAGCAGCUGUGCACCAAGCUCAUCCGUCUCGGUACAAAAGACGGGAAACCGCUCGAUGUCAUCACCGCGUACAGCUGCUUCACUUCGGAUGUCAUCUCGGGAUACUGCUUUGGCGAGCCUUUCGGUUUCGUGCAGCAAGAAGGCUGGGAGCCUAACUUCAGACACGCGCUCAACGCCCUUCUGGGCCCGAUCUUUGUCUUUCGCUUUUUCCCACCCCUGAGGCUGGUUGUGGAUGCCAUGCCGUUUCUUGCUAAGUGGCUCAGAGAGGACGUGAGGGAUUUGCUAAUCGAGUCGAAUGAGAAAAUGCCCGACCAAAUCCGCAAAGCUAGACGGGAGCAUGAGAUGGGAAUCACCCCGAGUCGACCGGCUAUCUUCCACACACUGGUGGCGUCGAACUUGCCCGAGCACGAGAAGACGGACCGUCGCCUGGGCGGAGAAAGCUUCGCGUUUAUGACAGCUGGGACGGAGACUACAGCCUGGACCUUAACUGUCACGACUUUCCACCUCCUUAACAAACCAGAGCUCCUCUCCCGUCUCGCCCAAGAACUUGACGAGAAUAACGCCAUCAAUCUCUCCUGGGUCGAGCUCGAAAAGCUGCCCUACCUCCGCGCAGUCAUUGCCGAAGGUCUGCGCCUCUCCUAUGGCGUCACUCCACGUCUAGCGCGCAUCGCUCCAGACGAGCGUCUCAUCUACUGCGGUCGCUUUCAGGGCCGAGACCUCACCUACGCUAUCCCUCCCGGCACGCCGAUGGGCAUGUCCACCGUGAUCAAUCACCACAACGAAGACGUAUUUCCGGAUUCGCACACCUUCCAACCCGAGCGAUGGCUACAAGCAGAUGAGGCCCGGCGACGCCGGAUGGAUGCUAGUUUUACCCCUUUCUCUCGUGGCAGUCGGCAAUGUUUGGGGAUGAACCUGGCGUAUUGUAAUUUAUAUGUCGCGCUGACGGCGCUGACGGUGCGUGUACUCCCGCGGAUGAAGCUGUACGACACAAGUGUGGAGGACGUGACCUACGAUCACGAUCUGUUUGUGCCUAUGCCAAGACGGGGCUCCAACGGCGUCAAAGUCGUGAUUUCAUAG